ACGGGAGGGAGGUGGAUCGGGAGCUUGGUUAUGGCCAAGCGCGUGGCCGUCUGAGCGGGUUCAGGGCUGGCCGGGUCAGUCGGUCUGUUGUCAAAGUGACAGGAGCUCACCCAUGGGAGGGUGUGUGGGCACUCAGCAUGAUUCCUCGGGCAGCUUAAACGAGAAUUCAGACGGCACAGGGGUGGCUUUGGGUCGCAAUCAGCCCCUGAAAAAAGAAAAGCCAAAAUGGAAAAGUGAUUACCCAAUGACAGACGGACAGUUACGCAGUAAGAGAGAUGAGUUCUGGGACACAGCACCUGCUUUUGAAGGCCGAAAGGAGAUUUGGGAUGCUCUCAAAGCUGCAGCACAUGCUUUUGAAAGUAACGAUCAUGAACUCGCCCAAGCAAUCAUUGAUGGUGCAAGUAUAACAUUGCCACAUGGAGUGCUUACAGAAUGUUAUGAUGAACUGGGAAAUAGAUACCAACUUCCAGUCUACUGCCUUGCACCUCCAAUCAACAUGAUUGAAGAAAAAAGUGACUUAGAGACACUAGACAUCCCAGAACCACCACCUAAUUCUGGACAAGAAUGUCAGCUCCGGUUGCGUCUCUCCACAGGCAAAGACCUGAAACUUCUUGUCCGUAGCACAGAUACAGUUUAUCAUAUGAAACGGCGUUUGCACACAGCAGAGGGGGUAGAGCCCUCCAGCCAGAGAUGGUUCUUUUCUGGCCGACCACUGACAGAUAAAAUGAAAUUGGAAGAACUGAAAAUCCCCAAAGACUAUGUGGUGCAGGUCAUCAUCAGUCAACCUCUGCAGACACCUACCCCUGUGGAAAACUGACUGGCCUUUUUU